AUGACCUCUCUCACCAAGUUAUCUUCGGACAUGGCUUCCCUGAUCAACCAUGAGACCAUUCGUUCCCUUUUGUUACUAGAUCCAUCCACAUGUGAUCACAACACACUCCAACAACAUUUCAACUCUCUAGUUAUCUCUCAACAAGACAAUUCUCAAAGCUCCUGCAUAACAGUUGUGGUAGGGCCUGUUUUUCUGGGGCAUACAUUAGGACGAUUUCAACCAAAUAUCAAGCUCAGGGGUAAAGCACUUCCUUCCACGUUCCAGCUCCAUUAUUUAUAUUUCACUCAUGAACAAGUCGUGAAUGACUUUGAAUUUGGUACCUAUAAAAUCAGAAAGGACUUGUCAUCCUCCGAUGAUGAUAGUCAAACCUUUACAAGACACACCAAAGGACAUGACUAUCCUUCUAAAAUGAAUUCUUCUCAUAGAACCAUGAUCAUUGUUUUGGAGAUGGGGAAUGAAUUGGGGAUUGUGAACAAGCUCUUUCAUUACGACUCCAAAGUGACCAAAGUAAAGGCAAAACAAUCCAACACGAAGAAGAGAAAGAUGCAAGAUAGAGAUGUAUCCAAAGAGAAGUGUGAUGACAAUGAUGAAGAUCAUGAUGUUGUUGUUGAUACCGAUGUCCAAGAAGAUGUUUCUAGCAAGAAGGUUAAAGCUGAACAUUCAUCCGAGUUGAUGCAUUUACAAAACAGUGAGCCGACACCAACUUUUUGUGAAGAUGAUUUUUCAUUUCUUGACAGUUUGGAAUCCAUUUCUGCGAGUGAACAGAGUUUUCAUGAGGAUCAAGAUCAACAAAAUGCUGAAGUGGAUCGGGAUGUAGUUGUUGAGAAUGAUGAACCUAAUGCUGAUCUUGAUUGUGGUUCAGUUGUUGAAACAAGUACUAACAUGAAUGACGAGUUUGAUGACUGGUUAUUUGCAGAGUUCGCAUGA